AUGAUUCAAAUUGGGUGUCAUGAGCCAAGUUCUUUUGAAAAGCGACUUGACGUUAUGGUGAUGACUGGAGUCAUUCUUGGGUUCUUAAUAGGCGUUUCCAUUGGGUUACUCUAUUCGGGUGUCUCGUUUCCGAACUUUUUAAUCUUUGUAAUCCUCUUCUUUGUCUUCCAUAUAUUGGAAUUCAUGUUUAACGCAGUCAAUUUUCCGAAGGAAACAAGCUUUGCAUCGUAUUUGUUAACACACUCGAAGGAAUUUUUAAUUGCUUUCUCUUCAGCUCUGACGGAAUAUUGGAUAGAGUUUUUUAUAUUUCCGGAACUCAAAACUAAUCCAUACAUUUACAUCACUGGACUCGUUGUCUGUGUGGUCGGACAAGUGAUGAGAAGCGUCGCAAUGUUCUAUGCGCAGAGCAAUUUUAAUCAUAUCAUCGAAACGGAGAAGAGAGAGUCACAUCAACUCGUCGACGACUUCAUAUAUAAGUACCUUAGACAUCCAUCAUACACGGGAUGGUUCUACUGGUCUGUGUUUUCACAAGUUGUCUUAUGCAAUCCAAUUUGUCUGGUGUUAUACAUCUACGCGUCUUGGACAUUCUUCGAAGAUAGAAUUCCUUACGAGGAAGCGACUUUAUAUGAGCAGUUUGGAGAGAAGUACUGUGAUUAUAUGAAGAAGACAUACAUUCUUAUACCAUGUAUCACGUCUGUAAAUCCCCCAAACAAGAAGUUGUUGUGA